CCCCAGCUCUGCUGCCUAGUGCUGCCCUGAUCCUGUCCUGCCAGCUCUGACCCUUUGCCUGCCUGGACCCUUCCCCAGCACAUCCUCCCACUGUCAUCCUGGCUGCUUCUACAUGUGGGAUGACCACCUCCCUUUCCCAGUGCUUCCCCUCUGGAGGUUCAAGCCUAUGUCUGCCCUGGGGCCCGGUGGGACAGUCCAUGCAGGGGGAAAAUCUCAGGACCACCUUCAUGGCCUGUCCUGGUAAAAAUAGUGCCUUUGUCACCUAAGGGUGGCCCUGGGGACUGCCCAGGAGGGUGACAGUGACAUGUUGCCAUCAGUCCCUCCCAUGGGUCCUGUGUUGGGGGAUAGUGCCCAGCGUAUUAACUGUUCCAGCACAGGACAGUGCUGGCCUCAUCUUACAAGGGGAGAGUGCCCAGAAGGGUUGAACAAUGUUCCUGCUGCCGGGAAUAGCUGCCAGCUCUGCCUGUCAGCUCCACGUGAGGCCAGUCCUGGUGCCAGGCUGCCGUGUGCAGCGGAGGAGGCUGGACAGCCACAGGGACCCUUGGCAGGGCUGCUCGGAACGUUCCACACCUGAGGUCAUCCUCUAAAGCAGAACAGAGGGGCCGUGACUUCUGGCAUCCCAUGCUGCCUGCUGCUGGCUGAGAGGCUUGGGAGGACCCAUUGCCUCCCGUGGGAGUGGGUAGCUGCCCCCCCACAUCCGAGGUGCUGGGAAGCCUUGGGCAAUGCUGGUGGCUGCUGCAGCAUCUGGUUGCACAGAGAUGGGGUAAUGGGAACCAUGAGGAGCAUCUGGGAUGCCUAGGGUGGGUUGCACAGGCACUGUGCCUAUGGGAUGGCCCUGGAUCACGUCCCUGCUCUGCUGAGCCUCUCUUGACAGGCUGACAUGAGUUCUGUGUACCCCAGCUCCCCAUUACAAGCACAGGAGUCCUGGGUAAGCCAUGGGGUAGCAAUGGGUCUCUUUAAGAGCGGGGCUGGAGAGGUGAGUUAGGGCCACCAGAAAGCAGCAGCGUGAGCUCAUGGCAAAGCUGCCCCAGUCAUGUGGAGCAGCCACAGCUGUUGGUGCCCUUGGGCUGCAGGACAGAGGGCCGGCAGCAUAAAGCCCCACAGCCAGUGAAGCUGCCGGCAGCGCUGGGAGCCAGGACUGGGCACUCCCUGCCUGUGGUGGCAACGAGAAAAGGAUACAUCCUGCACAGGACUGUGCACUGUGGGCAGACAUGGAGCUGGAUGUGGAACGGGCCAAGGAGCUCAUCGAGCAGAAGCUGGCAGAGGAGGAGGAAGAGAAGAGACUCAAAGGGAAUGGUGCACCGGAGCCACCAGCUGUGGAGCGGAUGAACACACCUGAGCUGGAGGAAGAGAAGCGCCAUGGUCCCAGGAACUGGGGCAUCGAGGCCAUCAAGGGCCAGGAGAGGGUGCGGAGGAGUUCAGUGGAUCUGCGGCGAGAGAUCAUCGAUGUGGGGAGCAUCCAACGACUCAUCGAGCUCCGCAAGCAGCGUCGGCAGCGCCGGGCAGAGCGGGCGGCCACCCCUGAGCCCCCCCAGCCACCUGAGCCCCUGGAGAUUGUGGGUCCCGUGGAGCCAGAGACCUUCCUGCGAGCCGCCGUUCAGGGCAAGAUGCACAUCAUCGAGAAGUUCCUGGCAGACGGUGGCCCCGCUGACACGUGUGAUGAGUUCCACCGCACAGCCCUGCACCGCUCCUCGCUGGAGGGACACGUGGAUAUCCUGCAGAAGCUGCUGGACAGUGGGGCCACGGUUGACUUCAGAGACCGGCUGGACUGCACUGCCGUGCACUGGGCCUGCCGGGGUGGGCACCUGGAUGCUGUCAAGCUGCUGCAGGACCGUGGGGCAGACCUCAAUGUGAAGGACAAGCUGCUCAGCACACCCCUCCAUGUGGCCACCCGGACCGGACACCUUGACAUCGUGGAGCACCUCAUCCACUGCGGGGUGGAUAUCAAUGCCUCAGACAGGGAAGGGGACACUGCGCUGCAUGAUGCUACACGGCUCAGUCGCUACAAGAUCAUCAAAAAGCUGAUCCUGCAUGGGGCUGACAUGAUGGCCAAGAACGAGGCUGGCAAGACCCCAACAGACCUGGUGCAGCAGUGGCAGCUGGACACACGCCAGGCACUGGAGACCAAGGAGCAGCCACAGGGGGAGAUGGAGGUCCCCGCGUGAUGGCACCAGGAAGGGACAAGGGAUCAGGCUUGGCUCCAGGGAUGAGACUCGUCUGUG